GCGAGCGGAGGCAGGAGGCGGAGCUGUGCCGCUCGGCCCGAGGUACCGCACGCUUCCCGGGGACUUGAUAUCUGUCUUCAUGGAAGCUGUGAAGAUGUAAGCCUACUUCAGAUGCAAGCAGCUGAGUUCCUGAAUUCGAUUACUGCAUCACAUUGAAUGAACAGGAUUUUGUCCAUAAAAACGGACUUCAGCAAAAGUGAUUUUUGGAUUGAAAACCAUGGGUAGAAAAGAUGCUUCUACAGCAAGAACUCCUGUUGACCAGUACAGGAAACAAAUAGCCAGCAAAGUUAAUAAAAUCAGAAUAAGCCAAAUGGGAGCUGGGCGCAGUCUGUCUCAGAAAGGAAAACAAGAUUAUAAGAAAACCAGGCCUAUGUUAAGAGCUACAAGAUUAAAAGCAGAGGCCAAGAAAACUGCACUAGGCGUAAAGGAAGUUGCACUUGUCCUUGCAGCUAUACUGGUAUUUUUGUUGGCUUUCUAUGCUUUCUUUUAUCUUAACAUUUCCAAUGAAGUUGACCUUGAUCUGGAUCCAGAUGAAAACUAGCAGAUGCAAUGAAUCUAUCAUCAAGAUUUCUUCAGCUUCAGCAGGACUACAUAGGAAUACACAGUCCCUUCACUGUGAGACAGUAAAUGAUACCAUUUCUUGCAGUCCAAAUUCAUAAGAAAGUUUUGCAAUAUGUCAGUCAGUCACUUUUACAUUCCAGAUCUCCAAAAUAAGAGAACACUUAUGCUCAGCAAGCGUAUUCAGCUAACAGGAAAGCCAAGAGCAUCCGUACAAUACAUGAAGUUCAUUGUUUACAUUAUUUGUUUUCUCAGGCAGAGAACUUUGAUGUCAAAAGACAGGUGCUAUUAUUAUCCUGGGUAUUGAUGCUGACUUCACAGCAGGAGAGUCUGCCUUGACUAAAUUUAGGAAUCAAAGCUUCCUAAUAGCCAAAUUAGUUUCCUUUUCCUUUCCCAAAAGAAAGCAGAAAUGCCAAAUAAAAAGUCUUUUCUUGAUUUGUAUUUAAAAUAUAUCAAAAAUCCCCCUCAUCCUUUCUCUCCCUUUUAAUCUUUUUUUUGUGCAUGUGUGCACACACGCGCUUACGAAGACGGAAGAAAUUGUAGAGAAAAAAUAUCUUUUUAGAAGCAGUCUGUCACCUCCUAUAUGGACUUAAUUUUAUGUCAUCCCAGAUUCUGUGUGCCCAUAUAUCUGCAGUAAUCUUUUUCAUUCUUUUGCCAACUGUUCAGCACACAUGUGUUCUGUCAGAAAUGGCACCUGGAUGACAGAAGCUCUAACACUCGCAUAUGCCUCUGAAACACAGUUCUUUGCCUCCUGUGCUGUCUGAAUUAGUGUAAAUAGAAAGUUCAGUCGAUGUUGGUUUUAAUGAGUGUAUUGCUCUAUUAUUAAUAUAAAGUCAAAAAUAUAUAUUAAUUAUACUGUU